CGCACACGUACUUCAAAUACCUUUCUGACUUACAUACAUUCAGUUGAUCUAACUCUAUUUUACUCGAUGACACCGUCAUGGGAUGCUCAGGGCUGUUGAUGUUGGGACUCGUCCUAAACGUUGCUCACUGCUUGGAAAUUCCGGGUGAAGAUCCAAUGCUUGAGAUCACACACAACAUCACGGCAGUCCUGGGAGAAGUCGUGUACCUGAGUUGUAGAUAUCUGGGCAAGAGUGAUAUCCAGGGCGCCGAAUGGAAACGCCAGAUUAACUCUAAAAUUAAAUCCAAGGGACUGGCAGGAUUUUCAGAUCGUGGGCCGUUUAGCCGCCACGGCUUCUCAGAUCCGGACUCUCUCACCAACCUCACAGUUCAGAUGAGGGUGUCCAGCGUGGAAGUAGAGGGAGAAUACAUCUGUGAGUUUGAAUCAGAGGAGGGGUAUUUUUCUGACAGCGCAUUUGUCACAGUAGUAGCUCGGCCUGAUAUACAGAUCUUCGUGAAUGCAGAGACCAUAAACGGUACUCACUAUCAGUCGGUGUCAUGCUCUGCUGUCGGUGGCAGGCCCAUGCCUCGGAUCAGCUGGUUGGUCAACGGCCUUCCUCCAUUAGAUUACCCCUUCAAUGUGAGCGUGAGUAACACCGCUCACUCAAACGGCACAUCCACCCUGAGCAGCAUCCUCCGCUUCCCCACCCAUCUGCAGGACGAGGACAGCGUGACCUGUGAGGUUCAACACCCGACCCUCCCAAACCCCAACCUCACCACAGUGGGGGUUGAAACGUAUGCGAGGCCAAAUGUGACCAUUAAAGCAGAGGUGGUACAACAAGGAGGAAAUGAGUUCUGGGUGGUCUCGUGCAUUUCAUCUGGAGGGAGACCUGACACUGACAUUUCCUUGGCUUUGAACACCGAUGAAGAGCUGCGGAGAGAAAACAUCACAGACACAGACAUGCAGAGAAGCUCGGUCCUCCUCCCAGCAACAACGUACGAGGGCCAUAACGUCACCUGUGUGUUUGACCACCCCAAAUUUACGCACAGCGAGUCACGGGUCGUAACACUGCCAUCUUUUUAUUUGUCUGGAGUUCAGUUGUUGGACUCAAAGCCGGGAAGCAUCAGUGACGACUUCCAGGGCACGGAAUCUUUAGAGCUGCAGGAAGGACAGAGUGAAAUCGUUAUCGUCCUAGAGGUCCUCGGGAAUGUGCCACGUUACAAUGUUACCUGCAAAAAAGAGGACGGGCCCUUGCCCGAGGGUUUGGAGCUGGUUGGCCGUAGCCUCACAGUUCAGGGUCCUGUGGAGCGUCAGCAUGCAGGCCUGUAUGAAUGUGUCGUCUCCUAUCACCGUCUUAAAGCAAUGCUGCAGUUCAACAUCACAGUUCAACCCCAUGUUAUACAGCCUGUUCCUCCCACAAUACGAGUUGAUUUGCAGGCUAAAGAUGGACACAGGGUGAUUGAGUGCUCAGCAGCUGAUGCUGUUCCUGCGGCCAACGUAUCCUGGCUUCUACCAAAGGGUGUGUCUGGAGUCUCUUGGUCCAAUUUCUCUUCUCAUAAUGGAAGCCACUCUGUCAGGGGAGUUUUUCUCCUCCCUGCCUGCUUGCCUUGGGAGCUCACUGCAGAGUGUGUGAUAAAUCACCCAGCAUUUGAGGAGCCAGAGAACAGAAGCAUAACUCUCCCUCUUUGCGCUCGCCCUAACAUUACCGUCAACUCCAGCACCGAGUGGAAAGAUGGUGAACAGUUCACAACGGUGGACUGCUCUGCAGACAGUGUUUCCACUGCAGCAAAUAUAGCCUGGCGUGUUGAAAACAGUGACAACAGCACCAUCAGUUAUCUUUCAGAGUCUGAAGUCCAAGCUGAUGGUUUGGUUUCAGCCCGCAGCUCUGUGCACUUCUUGUCCUCUUUGUAUGCAGGUCAGAAUUUGACCUGCACGGUUGAGCAUCCGAGCCUGGAGGCAUCAGAGAAAAGAACAAUACACAUUCCUGAGAACAGAGUCCCACUGACGAGUGUGUCUGUGGUGAGACAGCAGGACUCUCAUCUCUGGCUGGCAGUGUGUGACUGCAGAGGGGAGGGUGUCGGGAUGAACCUCGCCUGGGUUCUUCCUGAAAAUGCCAAAGGCCAAACAUCCCUGCACUCAGAGUAUGAAGGACGCUCCCUGAAAGCCAGGCUGACUUAUCAGUUUGAUCUGUCCCUUCAUGAAGGGCAGGACCUGACCUGUGUGUACCGGUUUGAGCAUGGGAUCACAAAGAAGAUGAGCGUUCAUAUCCCCAGAUACUACAUCUCCGCUGUGAGAGUCCUGAACCACACGACUCCUCUGCAAAGUCGCUACAGUGGUGAUCCCGUCAUACACAGACUAGCUCUCCGGGAAAAUCAUCACAACCAGAAAAUACUGCUCCAAGUCGAAGGCAACGUGCCACAGUAUGACCUCAGCUGUAGGAGGAGUGAUGGCUCAUUGGUUCAAAUGGAAGGCCAUGCAAUGGUCUUACAGUCAGAGCUCACGGAGCAGGACGAAGGCCUGUACAACUGCCGGGCAUCCUUCUAUCACCACACGGCCACGGUCAAGAUUCAAGUGGAGGUCACGCAUGAGGACAAACAUUUUGCGCUGGUAGCCAUAAGUUGCAUCUCUUUGGCCCUGGCCAUCAUCCUCGUCCUCGUUGUCACUCUCUGGGUGUGCUGUGGAGGAAAUAGCAGGACACAAUAUAAGGAAUCUCUCUCGGCCCUGACAUCUCUGAUGCAGGAGCCCGGCUCCCCUGAGGUGAAGAAGCCAGCUGUGAUGGAAAAAGACAGUAAGGAACCUGCUCAUAUGGUCACUUACUCCAUAGUCAUUGAUGUGAAGAGCAUGGUGUGAAGAUAAAGGUGCUCUGCAGGGCUUUGUAUUCAAGAUUCAGCUUUUUCAAAGUGCACAAACCAGAUAUGAGGGCUUACUGGCACUGCAACACCGUUCAUGAUUUCAGUGUAUUUUUAUGUGACUAUAGCAUUUAAAGUGGAAGAAUGCACUGUUUUUGCACCGAAACACCUUUCCUUUUUAAAGUUUUGGGGUUUUGAUUGAUUGCCAUUAAUGAUUUUAAAUGCGUUACUUUUGCACUUUUUCACCUUACUUGAAUUUUGUACUUGUUUU